AUGGGCAAAGAGGAGUGUAAAACUAUGCUGGACGCCUUGAAUAAAGUGACGGCGUGCUACCGGCACCUUGUCGUAGCUCUGGGCAGCACGUCGGACUCGCAGAACUUGCGCGAGGAGCUGAAGAGAACUCGCAAAAAGGCGCAGGAGCUGGCAGUGGCCAACCGGACUAAGCUGACCUCUUUGCUCAAAGACAAGAGCAUUAGCAAGGAGGACCGCGCAGAGUACGAGCGGCUAUGGGUGCUCUUCUCCAGCAGCAUGGAUCUCCUGGAGGUGGACAUGAAGCGCUCCCUGGAGAUAGGCCAGGAUUUCCCGCUCAAGGUGCCCACCAGGCACCUGAUCCAGACGGGCAUGACGGGCAGCACAAGCACGGUGGCGGCGCGAGCCAUGAGCGUGCAGAACAUGAAGUACGAGGCGGACAGCAACAUCGACACGGCCGACCUGCGGGACCUGCAGGCUGAGAUCGGCCAGGUGAGCCAGAUGAUGGAGGAGAUGGAGAUGAAGGUGCAGGUGGCGCCGUGGGCCGUGGAAGCCAAGCAGGAGGCGGGGGCCGAGCUCAAGUCCAACAUGAGCGUGGGAAAUUCCUCCGUGGGCGUCAUCUCCAUCUGCGAUGAGGAACCCAAGGACGAGGAGGGGGGAGGCGGCGGGGACAAGGGCUUCGCCUCCAUCUGCGCAGUCUUGGUCUUCUUUGUCAUCGUGACUGUGGCGGGUGUGCUGGGAUAUCUCGUCAUCAACAUGUCCUGA